AUGGGCAGCUGUGAAUCCUUCUUCUUUGGGCCAGAGCCAGACGGGGUGGAGGGAGCGAAUGGCCAGAUUACGAAAGGCCUCCGGGUGCAAACUCAAUAUACUAUUGCGGAAGGCGGUGACGGCCGAUGGUAUAUGGGCACAGUGCAGAGGCUAUAUGCUGGCAACAAGUGCAAGAUCUGUUACGACGAUGGUGACUCCUGGACGGGCAAUGCGCGAGAGGUGUGGUCCCUGAACGGACCCCCACCUGGUGCCCCGCCGCCGCAGGCAAUGCCAAUGGGAGUGCCGGUCGUUCAAGGCAUACCUGUCAAUGUGUGA